AGCUGCGCGCGUGCCCGGAGAUCACACGACCUGGCUAGCCUGCGAGGAGCUAGCUGCGUUAGCAGGAUCCGUCGGAGCUUCCAGGAAACGAAUUGUCCCGUUGUUCCAAGGACGGAACACGGCUCCCACUGCUGUGAUUCACUCCUCGCUGUCUCCGCAGACCCGCUUGCACCAGAAGUAGAGCUGGAUAAUCACAUCAACAUGAAGGAAGUGAGCCUGUGACCAGGGACAGAUUCGGCAGCACAUGAUUUGGACGAGCCAAGGACACGAGACGUUUGAUCUGGUGUUUCUUUCGGCUGACCAGGUGAAUCAUCAGACUGGUGGGAGGCGUGAGGAGCCAUGACAACCAAAACAUCCCUGUUGAAAGUCAUCCUACUUGGCGACGGAGGCGUGGGGAAGAGCUCCAUCAUGAACCGAUACGUCACCAACAAGUUUGACGCGCACCUCUUCCACACCAUCGGCGUGGAGUUCCUCAACAAAGACCUGGAGGUGGACGGCCACCAGGUGACCCUGCAGAUCUGGGACACGGCCGGGCAGGAGCGAUUCCGCAGCCUACGGACGCCCUUCUACCGCGGCUCGGACUGCUGCCUGCUCACCUUCAGCGUGGACGACAACCAGAGCUUCCUCAACCUGGGCAACUGGAAGAAAGAGUUCAUCUACUACGCAGACGUCAAGGAACCAGAAAAGUUCCCGUUUGUGGUCUUGGGCAACAAGCUGGAUGUGACUGAGAGACAGGUGUCUUCGGAGGAGGCUCAACAGUGGUGCAAGGAGAACGGGGACUAUCCUUACUAUGAGACCAGUGCCAAGGAUGCCACCAACGUAGCAACGGCUUUCGAGGAAGCGGUGCGCAGGGUUUUGGCGAUGGACGAGAGAACGGACCACCUGAUCCCCACAGACACUGUCAAGCUCCAUAGAAAGCCACGUUCUGCGGCCGCGUGCUGCUCUUAACAUCCCAUUUUGCUCUCCACAUUUACAUUUUAUGUAAAUCAGGUGACAUGAACUGGAGCUGACUGUGAUCUUACCGAUAUAAAAUAAUGCUGAAUCACUCCUUCACAUUUACUACAGUUCGAAGGUCAGGCUUUGGAGGAGCACGGGAACAAAACACAGCGACGACAUGUCAAUAGGAAUCAUUAACAAACUUCACUUUUAAAAGAUCAAUCUGUGGAUGCAUACUACACAGUAGUGUCAAGAAGUGGCGGCUUGUAUGUUUAGAUGUAGAGACAUAAAUGUAUAUUGGAUUUUUCAGCAGCUUAACAACCUGAUUUCUGUGAAUGGACUGAAAGCUACAGCUCUAAUGACGAUCGUACCUCUCUGCUUCCUGAUGCAAACCAGAUCAACAUGCAUGGCAGUCGGCAGUUUCAAGCUUCUGGAAACAUUUGUAGAACUCUUAUAGAACGCUUACUAACAGUGUGAUGGGACUCUGGUUAGUAUCUUUCCUCUCAAUGUUGUCUGAUUCAAAUGAAUGAGCAAAUUUUCUUAUGGAGUGCGGAAUAAAUAAAAAACAUGAGAAUUUUUGUCAGUGGAAUACAUGUAAAAAAAACUAUUUUGAUUGAAAGAAAAGUGUUAUUACAUUACUUCUUAAACGUUUAAAAUUUCCAUUAACAUCCCACUAUUUAUGCAGUUGUAUGUUAACAUAUAGAAUACUUAAAUCAAUUCAUAACAAAAAGCAGAUGAUCCCGUUUUAUUAAACUGGUUAUUUUAAUCAAAUUCUGUUCAGAAAAAAAAAAACUCAAUUGUUUUGCUGUCAAUAAAUCAAAUA